UGGGCGUUUCCACAUUGUCAAAGCUUUUGAGAGGUCAGAGAUGCAUAGAUAUGCAGGAAACAUAGAGGAAGUCUGGAGUCUGACUACACGAACCACUCAUCUCUUACUUGUGAUAAGGAAUAAGAAGACUCGUUGUUUGUGCGAUAGUAUGGACACUGUUUAUGUUCACACUGGUAGCAUGACUUUUAUGGCCACGAUUGCAUGACGGUGACUGUAGCUGUCCAUUUGUGUUACUUCUGUGUGAAAAACAUAUCGUUAAGUGUAUCUUGCUUCUGCAGAAUGGUUCUUCGGACAGAAAAUGAACUCCUCCGUUUGUUGUCAACGUUUGCUCUGUUCUAUUUAGGGUUCUCGCUGAACUGUUCACAUACGAUUGACACACGGAGAUGGUCUGUGGAUGUUGUUUGCACAGAUGUCAUACAAGAAAUCCCAGGAAACAAAUAUGAAUGUCUUAUGAGGGCGAAUCCAAAUUAUUUAAAGGGAGACGUAAAGGGUGACGUUUGGGUUGGAGGUGUCACUGGAACUCCAUCUUCAAGAAUGGUUAAGCUGAAAUGUUCUACAAGAUUCAACCUUCCUAAUUCAACUGACGCAUACACCUAUAACGUUUUCUUUGGGUCAGUAUGGUCUUCAGGAAAAAGGAUUAUUGAGUUAAAACUCGAAGACCCAGGGAAGCCUACUGUAAGGGACUGUCCCAAGUACGUCAGAGAAGGAGACCCCGUGAUGUGCCCAUGCUCGUCUGAGAAAAAUGGCUUUCCUCCACCUAUCCUGUUAUGGCCAGGGCAAACAAACUCCUCAAUCCUUGAUCUGCAUGACGUCAGUCUUGAACAUAACAUGACAAAGUACAAGUGUGAGAUGACCUGGGGGAUGAAAAGACAGACAGCUUCUUAUAAAUUCAUUGUGACACCGAAUAGCGAACGUAAGGACAUGGACACAACCCAAUCAUCCACAAUCACGAUCGUCAGUGUGGUAGGGACUGUUGUAUUAGUCGUCAUUAUAAUUACAACAGUCAUCGUGAUUGUCAUUAUUAGAACAAAAAGAAAUCAGUUGAAAAACAGUCCACCAAGCCCCGAGCCCACCGAAAACUUGUACUACGUCGACUGCCUGAGUGACAAUGGAAAAGACUUCGUGAUGAGCGGCGAUGACUAUGCGGAUAUCACGGACUGUACCAGACACGCGGCAGACACAGUGAUGCCUGACCUUUACACCUCUGUAAAGACAGAAGAAGGAAUACAAACCACACAAGCUGACGUCUAUGCCAAUGUCGAAAAAAACAAACAACAUGGAGAGUCUGAGGUUUACGCGCUUGUAGUGAAGCCCCAAGGGAAACAACCAGCCAAGGCAGACAACUCUAGUGCUCGCGGUGAUUUCACACACGAGGCUGACGUCUAUGCUGUAGUCGAUAAGGGAGCGAAGUGUUAAAGUCAUGAUACAGAGAUGUACAUCCAGGUGUUCAUCCAGGUGUUCAGCUCACCUAAAUAGUGUUAUUGUUCAAUUAGCUGGAAAAAAUACUUAAAUACUGAGUAAACACUUCCAGUAUUUAAAGGGGAAUUGCUUCAAGGUGGAAGCACUUUCCCACUAAAUAAACCAACCAACCACGCUCGCGUUAAAGAAAAUAUAUAAGCCAUAUGAUUUUAUUGUAAACUAACUCAGCCACUUCAAAAACAUUUAAAAACAAAGUAAAAUGUCCCUAGAGUCAAUGUAAAUAAAUCUGUUAAGAAAAAGAACAGUAGCCAAAGUGGUGAUUACAUAGUACACUAAUGUGCACUAAACAAUAGAAUACAUUAAUUACACAAUAGUUUUCCCACUUAAAACAUUUUGCAUGGAAAAAUUUUAAGUUUUUUAUAACCCUUUUUUAUAGCAAAAAGCUGUAAAUUUUUUUUUUAUUUUUCCAUAACUUAACAUGUACUUUGUUUUUUCCUGUGCAAUGUGUCGUUUUAACUGAUGUUGCUAUUUAUCGAUGUGCAAAGAUACUCUAUGACAAUUUUCAGAUUUAUAUGCAUCUUUCACUAAACAUUUAUCAUAACAUCGUUGUAAACUUUAAAAGAUUACAAUUUUUUUUUCUACAGUCAUUAUGAAUUCCAUUGUUUCAAAUUUUAACUAGUUUUAUAAUUACUUUCAAAUUGAUGUGAAUACAAUCGUAUCACCUUCCAUUGUUGUAUUUUAAAGAUUUGGUCAUAUUUAUUCUAACAAAAGCACAACUUGUAGUCGGCCUGUAACUUUUUAAAAUUGACAAUAUGCAUUAAAGGCACCUUUAGAGUCGCAUUGUAAGAUCGUUUUAAAGCUGAUAUAUGUUACUCAGUCUUACCUUCUAGUAGCAAGCCUACUUCUUAAAAAUAAUUUUUUAAUAAAGUUGAUUCCAUUUUUAGCUUGUUUCUA